AUGAAACUUAUAUUGGCUCUGUCUGCGCUCUUGGCAAUCCUGUCCAGCGCCUUGGUCGCCGGCCAAGUCUACAACCUCAGCAGCCUCAUAGGCAGCGGCACCAGCAGCAACACUCCGAGGAUUUGUGUCCUUUCCAACUGCAACUAUUAUUCCAAUAGCAAUGUCUGCGGUCGCUAUGGACGCUCCAAUCUCUGCAUGCGCUUCACCAACAGAUGCCUGCUACGCUACGAGGCUUGCGUCAAUUCCGUAACCUACACCACCGUCUCCCUGUCCAUGUGCUCGGGCAUUCCCGUAGGCACGCGCAGGCAAUGCGCUGGCAGCACCACAUCCUCGAGUUCCACAUCGAAUGUUCAGCCCAUUUAUAUAAGCAGACGGCGCGGCUAA